AGAGCAGAGGCGAGCAGCGUAACACCCAAGUUACCUCCGCUCCCCUCCCCCCUCCCCUCCACCGAAUCCCCGAUUGGCCCGCGGCGAUGUCGGCGGCGCCCCCGCCUCCCCCGGAGUCCCCGCUCGUCGCCGACGUCGGAGGCGGAGACAAGGUGCUCGCCACGGCGCAGCACAUCGUCAAGUCGCUGGCGACGUCGAAGAACGCCGCCGACGACAUGAUCCGCAUCCUCUCCGGCUUCGACAACCGCCUCUCCCAGAUCACGUCGGACCUCUUCCCCUCCCCCGACCUCGCCGCGUCCUCCGCGGCCGAGACGGGGGACACCUCGGCGGGGGGGAUCCUCUCCGCCGCGGCCGCCUUCGACGCCGCCGAGCAGCUCAUCCAACUCUGGGACGGCACCCCGGAGGCGCUCGUCUUCGAGGCCCCCGAGGACGACGUCGCGGAGUACCUCGCCGCGGUCGACGUGGCCGUCGAGCACCUCGCGCGCGGCGCGGGUGCCUCCGCCGCCGCGGGGCGGGCCGGGGUCGCCGUGCAGCUCGCGAUGGCGCGCCUCGAGGAGGAGCUGCGCCACCUCAUGGUCCGCCACGCCGUGCCGCUCGACCCCACGGGUCUCUUCUUCUCGCUGCGCCGCCUCUCGCUCGGCUCCAUGGACGACCUCGACACCUCCUCCGAGUUCGACGCCGCCACGCCGCACAGCAUCGACGCCGCGCCGGAGACCGCGCGCGGCGGGCCCUUGGUCAACCCCUUCGAGGACCAGGUGUUCGACCCCGUGCGCCCGGAGGCUGUCGACGACCUCCGCGCCAUAGCCGACCGGAUGGCGCGGGCCGGGUACUCGCGUGAGCUCGCUGAUGCGUAUUGCGGCAUCCGACGGGACCUGCUCGAUGAGUACCUCUCCGCCCUCGGCGUUGAGCGCCUCAGCAUUGACGAGGUGCAGCGCAUCGAGUGGAAGCACUUGAAUGACAAGAUGAAGAAGUGGGUGCAAGCGGUCAAGACGGUCGUGCGUGUUCUGCUCGCCGGUGAGCGGCGCCUCUGCGAUCAGGUGCUCAGUGUGUCCGAUGAGCUCAGGGAGGAGUGCUUCAUUGAAUCAACCAAAGGAUGUAUUAUGCAGAUUCUCAAUUUUGGAGAUGCUGUAGCUGUGUGCCCCCGCUCACCAGAGAAGCUCUCCCGAAUUCUUGACAUGUAUGAGGCACUUGCGGAGGUGAUCCCUGAGAUGAAAGAUUUGUGCUUGGGUAGUUCUGGGGAUGGUGUGAUCAGUGAUGUUCAGGCGAAUCUUGAUAGGCUUGGGGAUACCAUAAGGGGUACACUUUUCGAGUUUGGAAAGGUUUUGCAGCAGGAGUCAUCACGGAGGGCGAUGACGGCUGGUGAGAUCCAUCCCAUGACACGCUACGUCAUGAACUAUUUGAGGCUGUUGGUUGUUUACAGUGACACACUUGAUAUCCUCUUGGAUGCCGAUGCCGAUGAUCAAGUUGAAUUGGCAAGAGCUGGGGAUCAGGAUCAGGAACACUUGGAGAGCAUGACCCCUCUUGGAAGGCGCCUUUUGAGGUUGAUAUCUUAUUUGGAGGCUAAUUUGGAGGAAAAAUCUAAGCUGUAUGAAGAUAGUGCACUGGAGUGCAUAUUUUCAAUGAACAAUUUGCUGUACAUUGUUCAAAAGGCAAGGGACUCUGAGCUCGGCAAGAUUUUAGGUGAUCACUGGAUAAAGAGGCAUAAUGGCAAGAUUCGGCAGUAUUCAAAGAGCUACCUAAGGAUUUCCUGGAUGAAGGCUUUGUCUUUUCUAAAGGAUGAUGGACAUGGAAGUGGGAGUGGCAGCGGCAGUGGCAGUGGCAGUGGGCAUUCAAGUUCUCGGAUGUCCAUCAAGGAAAAGUUCAAGAAUUUCAACCUGGCCUUUGAGGAAAUAUACAGGAACCAAACAACCUGGAAAGUUCCAGAUCCUCAGCUCCGAGAAGAGCUGAAAAUAUCAAUAUCUGAAAAUGUAAUUCCGGCAUAUCGUGCUUUUUUGGGAAGAUAUGGUAGCCAAGUGGAUGGGGGAAGAAAUUCAGGGAAAUAUAUAAAAUACACCCCAGAGGACUUGGAGAGUCAGCUUUCUGAUUUGUUUGAGGGUGCACCGGGGUCAGCCAAUCACUCUAGAAGAAGAACAUAGUUCAUAUUUGGCAAGCCCUGUUAAAGGUAUGAUUUUGUCCAAGGAUCAUAAAUUGCUCUACAUAUCUUUCAUCUGGGUUCUUGUUUCCUUGGUAAUCAUUACAGUACAAGGACCUUUCAGUAUGCAACCUGUUGCAAUGUGUGUACCAA